ACCUCUAUAUUUGUGCUAUGCAGCUUCAACAACAUUAAAAUAACACUUAAACUGCCAUUUUUUUUAAUUAACUGAUAUUAACACGUAUCUAACACUUAUAUUAAAGUAACGUAGAGUGAGUCACGUUCACGUGACCGGAGUGGGCGGGGCUAAAGCGCUCUCAUCACAUGACUGGAAUAUUCCGCCUCAUGACACAGUGACUCUGCGGCCAGACACCGAACGAACUCGGUUUAUCGCCGACAGACGCGCGCUUAAACAUCUCGGAUCUUUCGUCUUCGGCCCGCGGGCUUUCUCACUCAGUGUUCGGGGUUCUGACGCUUUUCCUGACGGACCGAGGCAUGCCGGUCACACGGAGCUCCGCCGCAGGUGUCUGCUGGAUCCUCCUGACGGGGUGUGUGUUUGCGGCUCACUCUGUGACAUUUGAGGUGAAGGAUGGAAACUCCACCUGCAUUAAAGCAGAUCUCAACGCCAGCUUCAGCAUCACCUACACCACAACCAACGGAACGAGCGCGGUGAGGUUUGCUCUUCCGUCCUCGGCGGUGGUGGGUGAGAGCAGCUCCUGCGGUGAAGAGGAGCUGCAGGUGUCCUUCGGAGCCGGUCACUCUCUCACGCUCCUGUUCUCCAAAGACGAGGGGCUCUACCGCGUGUCCAACAUCAGCCUGCAGUACAACCUGAGCGACUCCAGCACCUUCCCGCAGUCCUCCAGCACAGGACUCGUGACGGUGAUGACGAACGUGACGGAGAUCUGGGCGAGGCUGAACAGCACCUACAGGUGCGUGAGCUCCAGCUCCAUCAGGCUGAGCUCCGAGGCCAACCUCACCUUCUCUGACGUUCACCUGGAGGCUUACAUGAGAGGAGCGGACUUCAGCAGCGACGAGAGUGUUUGCAGUGCUGAUCAGACUGUUACGACCUCCGCCCCGACUCAGUCGCCCAGAACCACGGCCGCCCCGUCUCCUGUCCCGCCGCCGGCUCCGGAGCGAGGGAACUACACCCUCACUGACCGUAACGGCACCGCCUGCCUGCUGGCGCUCAUGGGCCUGCAGCUCAACAUCACACACCGCUCCAGAGCCCUGAACCAGACGGUCACCGAGAUCGUGAACCUGCAGCCCAACCGCACCGCAGCCUCGGGGUCGUGUGGGGUCACGGUCGCCACUCUGGUGCUGACGGAGGAUCUCACCAACCUCACCUUCACCUUCACACUGAACUCCACCACACAGAAGUAUUUCCUGAGCUCUGUGAGCGUCUCUGCUCUCUGGCCGGACAUGACAGAGCGUUUCGUGGAGAGGAACGCUUCUCUGAAUCUGCUGCAGUGCAGCGUGGGUCGCUCGUACAUGUGCAGCUCGGAGCAGACGCUCUCCAUCGUCUCCAGCUUCUCCAUCAACACCUUCAGACUGCAGCUGCAGCCCUUCAACGUCACGGCCGGACGCUUCUCUGCAGUGGAGGAGUGUCGUGUGGAUCAGGAGAACAUGCUCAUCCCCAUCAUCGUGGGCGUGGCUCUGGCCGGUCUGGUGCUGAUCGUUCUCAUCGCCUAUCUGAUCGGAAGGAAGAGGACACACGCCGGAUACCAGACCAUCUGAUCACACUCCGUCUGCGCUCUGAUUAGUGUGUGUGUGUGUGUGUGUGUGUGAGGUCAGGGGUCAGCUGCAGUGUGUGUGUGUGUGUGUGUGUGUGAGGUCAGGGGUCAGCUGCAGUGUCUGGGUGUGUGUGAUCGCUGUGAGGUCAGGGGUCAGCUGCAGUGUGUGUGUGUGAGGUCAGGGGUCAGCUGCAGUGUGUAUGUGUGAGAUCGCUGUGAGGUCAGGGGUCACCUGCAGUGUGUGAGAGGUCAGGGGUCACCUGCAGUGUGUGUGAGGUCAGGGGUCACCUGCAGUGUGUGUGUGAGAGGUCAGGGGUCAGCUGCAGUGUGUGUGUGUGUGUGUGUGUGUGUGAGAGGUCAAGGGUCAGCUGCAGUGUGUAUGUGUGUGUGUGUGAGAUCGCUGUGAGGUCAGGGGUCACCUGCAGUGUGUGUGAGGUCAGGGGUCACCUGCAGUGUGUGUGAGGUCAGGGGUCACCUGCAGUGUGUGUGUGAGAGGUCAGGGGUCAGCUGCAGUGUGUGUGUGUGUGUGUGUGUGUGGUCAGGGGUCAGCUGCAGUGUGUGUGUGUGUGUGUGUUAGAGAUGUGCGGGUGAGCUCAAACAUCAUCACAUGAUCAUUGGACAGAGCAAAGAAACCCAAGACGCUGUUUUUGGGCUGCUUUCGAAGGCUUUAGUAACUUCAGUCUGAACCUGAACGACACACGACACACACUUCCUCUCUGCAGGAAAAAGUGCAUUGAAAGCAGGUUCAUAUUUCACACAAUGCAGUUAAUAUUUGCGACAUUAAUGAUUUGAUCCACCUGCAAUUAAUCAGAAUGUGUUUUUAUUACCUGACCACAGAUAUAACCUGUGUGUGUGUGUGUGUGUGUGAGAGAUCGCUGUGAGGGUCAAGGGUCAACUGCAGUGGUCAUUAGUGUGUGUGAUUUCUCCGUGAGGUCAAUGUAUGUGUGUACUGUAAGGUGUGUGUGUGUGUGUGUGUGAUGGACUAGACACAGCUUCAGUCUCAUUCAUCCUCAUCAAAUCAGACUUGUUUUAUUCUAAUAAUCUUGCUGUGGGUAGUUCACACUGAUCCUGAGACACCCACGCUCUUUAUUCUAAAAUGCUGAACCUUUUAGUGUACUGAAUUUAAUUGGAUUCAUGUAGAAACAAGUUUAUAUCAGAUCGUGUGUGUGUGUGAGAGAGAGAGAGAGAGACGCUGGCAUUAAAUGACACCUGAUGUAAAUAAUUAAUGUUUGUUCUUGUUUCUUGGAUCAUGAAACCUGAAUAGAGCCGCUGGUGAAUUACCCAUGAUCCUCCACACACACACACACACACACACACAGCUGUAAGGGGUCUGCUCACACAGAUUUAAAGUGUGGUGUUUUGUGAGACUCGUGCAGUGAAUCUGUGUGAACCUGAACCCUAAAAACAUGAUGAUGAUGAUGAAGAUGAAGUUCAUUUUGUUGCUCGAGUGAAAAGGGAAGUGAAUAAAUGUGAGUCUGAAACUAUAUCUUGUGCUUUCCUAAGACAUCUAAAGUGCAUGUCAGUGACAUCAUCAUCUUCAUCAUCUUCAUCGGCAGCAGCUUCCUGACAGUGAUGAUGAUGAUGAUGAAGAUGAAGCCCACCGGUCACGUCUGGUGAUUCGUCUGGUCACAUGACUGCUGCGCUGAUAUUUUUGUAGUGAAUGUUUGGUUAUUUUUAUGCUUCAAGGUUUGAGGUUAAUAAAUAAAUAAUGACUUACA